CCAGCCUGGCACCCCGGCAGCCAUGGCGUCUUAUUUUGACGAGCACGACUGCGAGCCGUUGAACCCGGAGCGCGAGGCCCGCAACAGCAUGUUGCUGGAGCUCGCGAGGAGAGUGCGCGGGGCUUGGAGCUGGGCCCCGGGCAGCAGAUCACUCUUUAAUAGGAUGGACUUUGAGGACUUGGGAUUGGUAGAUUGGGAACACCACCUGCCUCCACCAGCUGCCAAGGCUGUGGUGGAGAGCCUCCCCAGAACAGUCAUCAGUAGCUCCAAGGCUGAGCUCAAGUGCCCUGUGUGCCUUUUGGAAUUUGAGGAGGAGGAGACUGCCAUUGAGAUGCCCUGCCGCCAUCUCUUCCAUCCCAGCUGCAUUCUGCCCUGGCUGAGUAAGACAAAUUCCUGCCCCCUGUGCCGCCAUGAGCUGCCCACUGAUGACGACAGUUAUGAGGAGCACAAGAAAGACAAGGCUCGGAGGCAGCAGCAGCAGCACCGCCUGGAGAACCUCCAUGGAGCCAUGUACACAUAGGCAGCGGUUAGGGCUGAGAGCUCAGCCUCUGGGACAUCUUCCCCUUUGCACUCUGAUCUUCAUUAAAGGUUUCUUUACCCGC